CGUCUGCCUUCCCUAAUGGACUGUGGGCGUCCAAAGACUGGUCCCAUCUGCUACAUAGCAGGGACUUUGCAAGCCGAUUCCUACCGCGUUCCAAAUCCAAUCCGCAGCGCGGUAUUUUGGUUUGAAAACCGCGGAAUCAUCUCAAGGCAGUUCCAACGGAAACUGGAAGACACGGGACCCGCUCACGCAACCGUAACUCAAGCCCCGCCCCCUUCCCCCAUUGGCCUAUUCAAUUUACGCCAGCACCAAUGGGCGGAGGCGACGGCGCGCCACCUAAUGAAUCGGCGCCCCGGGACUUGGGAAGUGCGCGCUCUCUUUGGUCCAGGGCUUGCGAAGCGCUCCAGUAGUGGAAACCAGAGAGUGAUGGCAUCUGAGGGUCGGGUCCAAGAAGAGACAAAAGUUCUGAAACUUAAGACAAAUAUGGCUGAUAAAGAAAAUGUCCACAGACCUACAAAGAACAAAAAUAAUAUAACAGUGGAAAAAAACUGUAUUCCGUUAAAAUCUUGUAAUGAAUUAGCCAAUUCAACUGUAGUAAUUGAUACACAAAAUUUGGAGAAUAAUAAUGAGAAUCUGCAGUCCAUACCAAGUAAGGCUGAGCCCCAAGGCAAACGCAUGACAUUCAGCCGAGCCUUCCACAGCAAAAACAACGACAAGAAGAAAGAGGUGCCUGUGGAGGAACGGAAGCAGGACGCUGACGCACUCAGGAAGCCCGUGCUUGGAUCCUACCGCGGCCGGGUCGUUCAGUCAAAGGUUGAUUCCUUUAGAAAACCUUUCCGAGCCAAAGAUGAGAGUUCUGCAACAGCAGAGAAGCUUUCGACUGCUGUCCCCAAAGCCAUGAAACCCCAGCCUGCAAACACCAGCUGUGUCCCAGUGAAAAGUCACAGGGCCCCCACUGUGACAGCUGCCACUAAAUCUGUGAGCACUGUGUCUCAGAACAAACAACUUCUGCGCCCUCCUAUUAGAAGUCACGGCAGUAAUACCCAGGACACCCUGAAACCUGGUGUCAGUAGAGCCUCUGCCCACGUAACAAUUCGGAAAGGGUCUCGUGACCAUGAGUUAGUGCAGUCAAGUGCAGUUUUAUCCAGUGUCAAAACCAGUUCUCGGGAAGUGAAAGGAAACAAGAUGCUAUCCAGAAGCAUCACAGCUGAGAUUAUAGCCAGGCCUGCUGCAUCGUCGAAUACCAAUACCAAGUGGCCGGGAAAGCCAGAAACCGCCGACCAGCGCAGACACACCAUAGCGAGAGCGACUGUGGGCGGUAGAUCGGCGCUGCCCAGAGAAACCGCGGAAGAGAGGAGGGCACACCUGCGCGAGUGGAGAGCCAGCAAAGGAAGAACGCUGAAAAGGCCCCCCAGCUCAGGGCCCAGCCGGCCUGCGUCUGAAGAGCCCAGUGAGAAACCGGUAGGGUCCUUCUGGACCACCAUGGCAGAAGAAGAUGAGCAGAGAUUGUUCACUGACAAAGUAAACAAGACGUUUUCUGAAUGUCUGAACCUGAUUAAUGAGGGAUGCCCAAAAGAAGAAAUAUUGGCCACACUGAAUGACCUGGUUAAAAAUAUUCCAGAUGCCAAAAAACUGGUUAAAUAUUGGAUAUGCCUGGCACGCAUCGAACCACUCACAAGCCCUAUUGAAAAUAUUAUCUCCAUCUAUGAAAAGGCCAUUCUGGCAGGAGCUCAGCCCAUUGAAGAAAUGCGACAUGCAGUUGUAGACAUUCUGACAGUGAAGGGUCAAGAAAAAGUGAAACUUGGAGAAAAUUUUGAGGAGGCUUGUACAACCAAGGAACCAGUCCAGGAAGUCAGCCCUGAAGACGCCGGUGUUGACGCAGAGUCGGGAAAACCGGAAAUGGAAACUAAGCAUCCCAGGAGCGUGGCAUUUCAAGACUGCGAAAAAGAGCAAGUCGACAAAACCAAAGGUCCAGCCAGUGAUGCUAAAACCCCCAACACAGAAACACGGAAUAGUUGCUUAAUUAAAUAUAAUGUGUCUACCACACCAUACUUGCAAAGCAUGAAAAAGAAAAUGCAGUUUGAUGAAACGCAUUCUACUGUUAAAGAGCUCAAGUUUCUAACACCAGUUAGACGUUCCCGGCGGCUUCAGGACAAGACUUCCAAGUUGCCCGACAUGCUGAAAGACCACUACCCCUGUGUGUCUUCGCUGGAGCAGCUGACAGAGUUGGGGGACAAAACUGAUGCUUUCAUCUGCCGCCCCAACGCGGCCCUGUGCCGGAUGUGUGUGGAGUCGGAACCCACGUCCGAGCAGUGAAGCUGGGGCGAGAAACGGGGUUUUCUUUAUCCUGGGGUGCUUGUUGCGGCAUCAUGCAUCUCUUAGGCCAGGAGCUGGCCAAAUGCCUGAGUGUUCGUGGCCAUAAACCCUUUACUGACGCCCUCAUCACAGCAGGCGUGGCAGGUGCCUUCCCGGCCAGAGAGCCCGUCCUGCCCGGCGUGCUCAGACUCUGGUGUUCUCCGGGGCGGGUGCGUUUGUCAGCUGGUUGACCGUGUUCCUUUAAUGAUAAUUAACAAGUGUCCUAGUGUUGGUGGUAUUUCUAAAAUAACUAAUAGUUAAACUUGCUUUGUAACAUAAAAACUUAGGUGUUAAAUCACGUCCAAGAAGCAUGAUAGUUCCACACUGUAAACGGCUCUUCCCCACACCUGUCACUAAUAAAAUUGUUUAUGUCUUCGAACCAA